AUGGCCGCCGAACCGUCCGAAGAUGACAUUGGCAAUUUUAUCAGUUUCACCAGUCUUUCACGAGAGAAAGCCAUCUUAUUUCUGAAGGCAAACAACCUCAACCUAGAAAAGGCCAUCAAUGCAUAUUUCGAAAACCCCGACGGCGUCCCAUCCGAACCUCAGGAUGACUGGACGUCGUUCAACAAUUCGCCGUAUUCUCAGGACACCCAGUCCGUGCCGGCAUUUCAUAUCGAAAAUUCCGAUAGUAACCCUGGGCAUGGAUACUCAGUUGCUCCCUCGCGCCCACCGUCCCGAAUGAAUGUCAGUGAAACGUUGAGUGAUCGCAAAUAUGAAGGAAGUGGACAUGAUAGUACAGGCGCAGAUAUGAAACUCACUGACGCUCAAAUGGAAGAACGCGCGCUCCAACAAGCGGUAGCCAUGUCGUUAGGCCAGGAAUACGGUAAACAAGAAAGCGGCGUUAUCGCAAACUCUCAGGACACUCGAUUUGGACCGGCAACUCAGGACUUCUACGAUGAAACCUCAUGGGGUAUGACCGUCGUCAAUUCGGGGGCUAGGGAAGAAAUAAUCAGUCCGGACCCUGAAGAUCGCCUGCGCAAAGAUGAUGAGCCAGCUUUCCUUCGCCCUUCACAAGAAGCUUUAUACAUUGGAGGAUUUCUGACGAUACUUCAUUCCAUACCACUUGCGCGAGAAGCACUGCUAUUGCGAGAAAAGACCGUCCCCGACUAUGGCUACGACUCGCAAUGGUGGAAUGGGCAGUCAAUCAAGAUUCCCCGAAUUGUUUCUUUAGAUGACCCAUACGUCGACGAUCAAGAUUGGGACGAUAUCAUCUACGAGACUCAACGAUUGAUGGCUUUCUUGGAUGGUACGCGGCGCGCCUUUGGAAGUACUGAUGCACUCGCUAGUUUAAGAUCUCUUUAUGGCUACAAUGGUGAUGGCGGCGUGGAAAGAUUCCUGGAAGCAUGGCAAGAAGCAUCUGUUCGUGCGACUCCGGCCAACCAACUGUCAAUGGUCUUUUCCUCCUGUGCAAUGAAGCAAGAAAUGACUGAAAUGGAUACACCGAACCAAAAGGAAUUUUUCGUUUUUAACACGUAUGUCGAGUCUGGACCGAGCCAAACCUUGUAUGAUGUUUUGGAUGAUGCCAUCUGGCCCGAUAUACCGGGAGAGGAACUGGAUGAUGUGUGGCUCGAUCAUGUCGGCGAGAUUCUCACGAUAAAACUGGAAAAUUACGGCAGCGAGGCGAUGAAUGUCAAGAUUCCUGCUACUUUCUAUCCAGAUCGGUAUAUGGAGGCACGUCGUGACACAGUCCGCGAGUUGCGUAUGGAAAGGCUAAAUGUUAGCCAAAAAAUAAACGACAUUGAAAAUAUAGCAGCACGCUAUAGACGCACGGAAUCUGUAUCGAGAGCUGGAAUGUCCAAUCAAGAGCUGCUAGAAAAGGCAGCACAAGCUGUCACAAACGCAUUGCCGAAAGAUCCAGCUGACGGAACAAGCGAAUAUGAUGAUGCCAAAGCACAACACUUGACCGAGCAGCUGCGUGGAGUUGCAGGUCUCAUUAAAGAUAAAUUGAGUGAACUCGAAGCCGAGAAGCAAGCAGCUCGUGAUACACUCCGAAACCACUCCAAGAUCUUGACUGAGUCGGCAGUCUCGUCUGACGACCCACCGCAUUACAAGUACACCCUUAGAGGCCUUUGUACAGCACCUCACAUUACCUACAUUUUACGAAAAGACUCCCCUCCUCGAGCGGACGAGGAUCUAAUCGAAAUGGAAGACAAAAAGCCCGAAGAAUGGCACUGGUGGCGGAUAAGCUUCUCGACAGACGAUGCCAAAACACAGCAAGCUGCUAAACCUGAAAAUAAGAGGAUUAUGAAUAGCAAAACGAACAAUGCGGAUGUCAUUGGAUAUACCGCUGUCAAAGUGCGUGAGAUUGAGGUCCUCAGAGCAGCGCGAGAAUCGAGGAGUGUUCUCCUAGUGUACGCGAAUAAUAAUGCAGUGGAGUUCCCGUAUGAACCUCCACCGCCAGCUCUACAGGAAUUUGUCAAAACCGAUAACAUCACUUUCCAAGCAGAGCUUGACGCAGCCACAAACAUCUACAACGGCGAAGAAGGCCCAGGCGAAUCCGCAGAUGCCGUUAUGGAGGACUGGCCCAAGAUCGACGCUGAAGACGAAACGACACCCGCGGCAACGGAAAAUGCGUCGAAAGUCAACGUCUUUGAUUACGAGGUUGAUGCCUUUGACGAAGACACUUCUCGUCAAGGUCAGGAAAUGCAAGAGAUGCAGGAAAGGAGAGGGAAGAGUCUCCUGCAUUGAUAUGAUGAUUAUGUAUAAUGAUUCUAUUUGUUACUGUCCAGGUUCUUUGCUUCUUGGCACAUACUGUUGGCUUUCGGUUGGAUAAAUGUUAUAAACGGAGAAUGUUUUGUUUAUAAAGUGGAUUUGAAUAUACUAAUUCUCGAAUUAAUAAUUUCACG